AUGUCUUACGUUGUUGUAACCAACUCGUUCGCGAAGACCUUCAAGAUCCCUACCACACCCACCAAGUACCUGACCGAAGUACGGGACGAGGCAUGUCAGAAGUUUGGUGUUAGCAAGGAUCAGUUCACACUCAAGUACAACAACAAGCCCAUCUCUCUUUCACAGCAAAUACGGCUCGCAAACCUACCGCAAGGCGCACGACUAGAGCUUGUACAAGCUUCACGGUCACCCACCGUUGUAUCAGUUGCCCUUCAACUACCCAAGUCUCGCCUCACGCAGAAGUUUGCAAACAAUACAUCAUUAUGGGAGAUCCUACGAUACUUUGAGAGCGGCGAUGGGGCGAACUACAACUUCACACAACGCGCCGUACCUCGAAUAAGUGGCGCUUCAGGCUCUGGGAGAUUGUGCUACGAGAUGCCCGUCAUCACAGUCAUGCCUGGCCACAAAGAGCAGUCGUCGUUCGUUGGGUUACAGCAGACGCUCAGUCAACUUGGUUUCGACAGUGGGUCAGCGCUAUUGAGGCUGUCAUUCAAGAACACUGGAACACCGUUGGAAGAAGCUAUGGCCCAGAUCUCACAGUACUUCAAGACUGAGGAGCCGACUUCCAGUACUGCGCCAGGUGCUCACGCUGUAGACCCUGCUCAGGCAAAAUCGGCGCCCAACCCAGAUACGGCAGCCCCAGAGGCAACGACAACGGUUGCAGGAGAGACAAUCAAGAACGAUAACCCGGAUCCAGAGCCCAUGGAUCUUGUCACGCAACCAGCAGCGCAACCAGCGCCUGAGCCUGCUGUGUCUAAACAGAACAAUGCGUUUGCGGAUGCCAUCAACACUUCUCCAGCAGCAGUAUUAGCAGCGGCGACAUCUACAGCAGCAUUAGAGCCCUCGCAUGUUCCAGACGUAGCCCCGUCUCAGUCCGCUGAGCCCACGCCGUCCUCAGACCGACCUCGCAACGUCCAGAUCUUCUCCGCAUCCUCGUCGUCAACACCACAAGCAGCACGUAAUGCUUUCAAUGAGGCCGACUACCAACCCACGGUCGAGCACGCCAAGAUCCACCAGGCUCAACUAUCCAAUCGCACACGCAACCAACGCCUCCUCUCCGACAAAGAACUCGAAGAGCAAGAAAGGGAACGACAGGCCAAGAUUGCAGCUGCAACGAACAAGCCGCACGCUCUGCGCAUUCGACUUCCGGACGGCUCGCUGGUGCAAAUGAACCUCACCAAGGCAGACACUGCCACCGUCCUAUACGAAUUCGUGACUUCAUUCCUUGAGAAGAAGAACGAGCCCUUCGAGCUCAAAUACACAGGUCCCACAGGACGUCUCGUACUCAUCGCCCGCGACCAGAAGCGUCUCAUCCAAGACCUGCGCUUCUCCACCAACGAGCUAGUCACCUUCCAAUGGGCUGAGGGCGCGAGCGCAGAGGCAAAAGCGAGUCGCAAGACAUUAGCACAGGAAUGGCACGCUAAAGCGCAGACACUGAAGGUGGAGGAGCCGGUCAGACAGGAGCCGCCAAAGGUCGAGUCGAAGGGGCAGACGGUGGCCGAGGGGAAGAGGAAGGCGAUGAGCAGUGAGGAUAAGGAGAAUAAGUUGAAGAACAUACUGGGGAAGGGGCUGUUUAAGAGGAAGUAG